CACUCGAAAGACAAAUGAGUUUGUAUUCAAAUGUCUCUCACUCCUCACUGUAGUAAUAGACGUGCCUGAAUGCGCCUUGCGCCAAUUUCGUUUGACGGCAGUCGCUCGCAAGCAGGUGCGUUGUGCGCGCGUGCGUUCGCCAUCUUUGAGUAACAGCUGAUAUUGCCGCCAACGCGAUCUUAUUUCGAACAUUUUGAACUAACGAAUACGACUUGUAGCUCAGAUUUUAAAUGCACAAACAUUAUUAUUGAGUGCUGUGAUUAAAUAAACGGACUAAUGAAGAUGACAGUUAAUCGAAUAAGAGUUGUGGUGCUGGGGAGUGCGCGCUGCGGCAAGUCUGCCGUGGUGGUUCGUUAUUUAACGAAGCGGUAUAUUGGCGAGUACAGCUCAACUGGCGAUUUCCUGUAUCAACAUCGGGUGGCGUUCGACGGCGCCACGUCUGAAGUGGAAGUCUUAGAUACGUGCGGGUGCGCCAAACGAGGAUGUUUAGCAGAACACCUACGGUGGGGGGAUGCGUUUGCCGUGGUAUACUCGGUGUGUGACAGACGGUCAUUCAUUGCUGCUGGUGAGCUGCUGGCUUUGCUGGAGAGGACCAGACUACCGGGCUGCACCGCCGUCACCCUACUCGGCAACAAACGUGACCUGGAACAUGCCAGAGUUGUUAAAGCGGAAGAGGGUCAGGAGUUGUCGUUGCGGUUCGGCUGUCAGUUCUACGAGGUGUCGGCGGCGGAGUCGUGCGCGGGCGCAGCGCUCGCGUUCCACGCGCUGCUGCGGGAGGCGCGCGCGCUGGCGCUCUUGUUGCCCGCCCCCAGGCGAAAGCUCGCUGCCUACUCUGUUUCUAAAGUAAUCGGCACAAUCCUCGGUUUGAGCAACAAAAGCGUCAGGAAGAAACGGCCAUCACUGAGCAUAUGAUCUGUCGGUCCACGCAGUACUGGAUCUUGUUCACUCCGUGACAGGAGUUUUUGUUUUUUUUUUUCUGUAGCAAUACAGAAACGUUGUUAUCUCUGUCGAUAUCGAUCGAAGAGAUUUGUCUGCUGGGCCAGGAAAGGAACUAAGGUGGAUUUACGAUGGCUGCUAAAGAUGAGUUAGAUGGAUAAUGGCUACGUGGGAAUUUGGUCCUUAUGUUGACUACUUAGUAGUUAUUGUUGUACAGUGUAUAUUGUUAUUUUUAUAAUUGAGUGGAAUAUACCCUUUGAAUAUUACCUACCUACCUAUACUUGUUGUAAAGUUUAAGUAAUGAAUAUGUAAAUGUUUUCUGCACCUUUUUAGACUGUGGAGUGGCCUUGAAAUAUUUCUUGAAAUUGAUAUUAAAUUUAUUAAAUAUUGUACUCUCAUAAUAUUAGACAUGAUUAUCCUAAUUGUUUAACUAAGUAUCUUAAGUAAUAAUCAGACUGUAUACUUAUUUAACUGAUUAUUAAAAAGACAUUCAAAUUAUCUUGCACUUUGGUUUAGUGUUUUUGCAUUGUAUAAAAUUACUUGAAAUGUUGAGGUGAAUGAACUUUAUAUGAGAAGGGCUAGGUUUCAAACUAAUGCGAUAAUUAUGUAAAAGUAUUCUUCGUUUAUAUAUUUGAUAUCAAUAUUAAAAUUGUACGUCAGAAAUUAUUCCUUGUACAUAUUUACUUCGCAAUGUAUUUUGUUCCGUGUGUCUAUACAGAUAAGUAUUAAUUUCCAUUGAUUGAGUAUAUUUCUUUGUAGUACAUAACAUAAAUAAGACUGUCCUGAGUAUUGUGUGUUAAGAGACAUUUGAUGCCUUCAAUAAAUAUUGUAUGUUAAUAUAAUUAUGUGCCAAUUUAUCUCAAAUGAAAUGAUCGAAUAUUUAUUGAUACUAAUAAAAAUAUUUAUGGUUA